GAUAGUUUGAUGGAUCAAUCGACAAAAAGAUAUCUAUUAGUUUGCAUCCAUAUCCUUCCUACAAUUUGACACAUAUAUAUACAUAUCACCUUUUCUUGUUCUUGUCAAGAAGCAUCGUGUUCCUCAACUCAUUUCUCCAAUGGUGGUCAACGUAUUACAUCUCUACCUCUAUUCAUGCAUAGCUCUCACUUCCAUCUUAUGCGAGUUGGGUUCCAGUUUGCGUCCACGUUCCAUAGUCAAACCAGACCCCUACAGGUCAUCAUCCGCCAUUAAAACGGACUCUGAAGCUCUGAUUGAGUUCAAGAACAUGAUCGAAGAUGACCCUGAUGGUGUUCUUUCAAGCUGGCAGCUCACCAAUUCGCCAUGCAAAUGGCAUGGUGUGACAUGCACCCAAGGUCGAGUCACUCAACUUGACCUGAGCGAUUCUGACCUCGAGGGUUCAAUCUCUUUCUCUCCCUUUUCAUCUUUAGAUAUGUUAACUCUCUUGAAUCUAUCAGAAAAUAAACACCUGUUCAUCAACUCAACUUCCAUAUUUCAACUCCCAUUUGGGUUAGAACAGAUUCUACUUUCGAAUUCCGGAGUCACAGGCUCCAUUCCCGAUAAAUUUCUCGUCAAAUUCAAGAAUCUUGCUGUUAUCAAUCUCUCCCAGAAUAGUCUAACUGGUGUUUUACCUGAAACCCUUGUGUCUAAUCCUGAUAUCGUUCAAGUUCUUGAUCUAUCUUCCAAUAGCAUCUUUGGAACCAUUCCUGUUUCAUUUUCGAAUUAUACCAAUCUCAAGAACUUGAAUCUUUCAUACAAUGUGAUCACCGGUAACAUACCAAAAUCUUUGUCGAAACUCAAAAACUUACAGGUUUUGGAUUUCUCGCAUAAUCUACUCACUGGUUGGAUUCCGGAGGAGUUGGGUAAUUUAUGUGAAUCGUUGCUAGAACUCGGGCUUUCGUUUAACAACAUUACUGGGACAUUUCCAGCUUCGUUUUCUUCAUGUUCAUGGUUGCGGGUUCUUGAUCUUUCCAACAAUAAUCUUACAGGUCCAUUGCCUGAUUCCAUGUUUCAAAACAUGGGUUCUUUAGAACGAUUGAUCUUGAGUAAUAACAAGAUUUCUGGGCUGUUUCCAAUCUCCAUUUCGUUGUGCCAGAAGCUAAAAGUUGUGGAUUUCAGCUCUAAUAUGUUUUCCGGAACCAUCCCUUCUGGGAUAUGUCCGGGAGCGUCUUCACUUGAAGAGCUUCGAGUGCCGGAUAAUCUGAUUUCAGGCGAAAUCCCGGAGGAACUGUCGCAGUGUUCAAAGCUAAGAACGAUCGACUUGAGCUUGAACUAUCUCAAUGGCACGAUCCCUGCAAAAAUCGGGAAUCUGGAGAAUCUUGAGCAGUUUAUUGCUUGGUACAAUGGAUUGGAAGGGAAUAUUCCGGUGGAGCUGGGAAAAUGCAAGAAUCUGAAGGAUCUUAUUCUGAACAACAAUCACCUCUCCGGGAAAAUUCCGGUCGAAUUGUUGAACUGCAGUAAUCUUGAAUGGAUUUCAUUCACAAGCAAUUCACUUUCCGGUGAAAUCCCACCUGAGUUCGGUUUGUUAUCGAGGUUGGCGGUGUUGCAACUAGCAAAUAACAGCCUGAGUGGUAAGAUUCCGGUGGAAUUGGGAAAUUGUAGCAGCCUUGUUUGGUUAGAUUUGAAUAGUAACAAAUUAACCGGUGAAAUCCCACCUCGAAUCGGGAGGCAUAUCGGAGCACAGCCAUUGAUUGGAAUUCUAUCAGGCAAUACUGUAGUUUUCGUCAGGAAUAUCGGGAAUUCUUGCAAAGGAAUCGGUGGUUUACUGGAAUUCGCCGGAAUCCGGCCGGAAAGGCUAUUACAGGUUCCGACGUUGAGAACUUGUGACUUUAAAAGAAUGUAUUCUGGUCCGAUUUUGAGUUUGUUUACACAAUAUCAAACUCUAGAGUAUCUUGAUCUUUCGUACAACGAUCUCACUGGAAUCAUUCCUGAUGAAUUUGGUGAAAUGAUUGCAUUACAAGUUCUUGUGUUGUCACAUAACCAAUUAUCCGGUGAGAUUCCGGCGACACUUGGCCAUCUCAAGAACAUGGGUGUUUUUGAUGCAUCUCAUAACAGGCUUCAGGGUCAUAUUCCAGAAUCAUUUUCGAAUCUAACCUUUCUUGUUCAGAUUGAUCUUUCAAACAAUGAGUUAACCGGGCAGAUUCCGACAAGAGGGCAACUCAGUACAUUGCCGGAGACUCAAUACGCGAAUAACACGGGAUUAUGUGGUGUUCCGUUGCCGGAAUGCAACAUAUACAAUCCGGCGGCGGAUGCUGGCGGUGAUGUUGGGAGAUACGGUGGCGGUGGUAGGCGGUCAUCGGCUAAAACUUGGGCUAACAACAUUAUAAUGGGGAUUCUCAUCUUGGUGGCUUUGGUUUGUUUGUUAAUUGUUUGGGCGAUAGCUAUGCGAGUGAAACGAAAGGUGAUCGAAGAACAACAAAUGCUCGAACAACUAAAAGCUUCACAUUCAGCCACAACAUGGAAGAUCGAGAAGGAGAAAGAGCCGUUGAGCAUAAACGUUGCCACAUUUCAAAGACAACUACGAAAACUGAAGUUUUCGCAGCUGAUCGAAGCCACCAACGGGUUCUCGUCAGAGAGCCUGAUUGGUUGUGGUGGCUUCGGAGAAGUUUUCCGAGCAAGAUUGAAAGACGGGUCAAGUGUUGCAAUCAAGAAACUUGUUCGGUUGAGUUGUCAAGGUGAUCGGGAAUUCAUGGCCGAAAUGGAAACUCUAGGCAAAAUCAAUCACAAAAACCUUGUACCGUUGCUCGGAUACUGUAAAAUCGGUGAAGAACGUCUUUUGGUUUAUGAAUUCAUGAAGUUUGGUAGCCUAGACGAGAUGUUACACCGACGCACAUCCGACCGUAGAAUUUUGAAUUGGGACGAGCGCAAAAAGAUCGCGAGAGGUGCUGCGAAAGGGCUAUGCUUCUUACACCAUAACUGUAUUCCUCACAUUAUCCAUCGGGACAUGAAAUCGAGCAACGUGUUAUUAGACCAUGAAAUGGAGGCUAGGGUUUCUGAUUUCGGUAUGGCGAGGCUAAUCAACGCUCUCGACACACAUUUAAGCGUUAGUACAUUGGCUGGUACCCCGGGGUACGUCCCACCGGAGUACUACCAAAGUUUUAGAUGCACCGCAAAGGGUGAUGUAUAUUCAUUAGGCGUGGUAUUUUUGGAACUUUUAUCUGGAAAAAGACCGACAGAUAAAGAGGAUUUUGGUGACACGAAUUUAGUUGGGUGGACAAAAAUGAAGGUCCGAGAAGGGAAAUCAAGAGAAGUUAUCGACCCAGAAUUGUUAUUGAGUACCAAUGAACAAGAAAGGGAAGAUGUUAAAGAAAUAAUUAGGUUUUUGGAAAUAACAUUGCAAUGUGUUGAUGAUUUCCCUUCAAGAAGGCCAAGUAUGUUGCAAAUUGUGGCAUCGAUAAGAGACCUAAACGUGCCUAGAAAUCCUGUUACUUAAAAUAUUUUUCUUGUCUAUAUACCAUUAAAUUUGCGUAAUUGAGUUGUCUUUUAUUGGAAUGUAAUACUUGUUUUUAACAAGAUCAAAUGUUGUUUAUCAUA